AUGUCCGCGCGCCUGCAGGCUGCAUCAUCGCUUACUGCCCUGGGUGCCGCUACUGCUGCUAUCGAUUCGUCGCAAUCGCAGCAAUUGUCGAGCUACCGAAUCCGGUUACGAUUACGCGACUCCAGCUGGUGCCUCGGCGACAGCCAGUGGAGCCGAUCCGUGCGAGGCUGUCGCGCGACAAUCGUCGCACGGGGUCGCAGAGGCUGGUCGCCGUUGCGGAUCGUCGCAGGCGACGUCGGAGGGCAGUAUGAGGAGAGCUUUGGUGACGUGGAGAGCCGACUGGUAGACUUCUUCACGUUCAAGGCCGUGCGACACAUCCUGCGAACGGGAGCGACGGCGGACGACGAGGAGGAUCGCGAGGAGGUGGAAUGGCUGCGACGCCACGUGGAGGCCAACACGCGCCGCGACUCCAAGCUCUUCCUCAGAAACCUCGUGCAGGAGCACCGCAACGUGGCGGAGAGAGUCAUGGAGAUCCGCCUCCAACUCUUCAACAAAUGGGCUCUGAAAUACGACCAGACGGCGAUGGAGGAGGAGUUGAGGCAGCAGAACCUGGAGCUGCUGCGGGAGCGGCUGCUGCAGACCGUGCGCUUUUCCACCGACCCCACGCUUGAUGAUGACAGCGCUGACGCCCCGCCGCCCAGCAAGCAGGCAUGA